AUGGCGGAGAAGCGGAGGGGCUCUCCGUGCAGCAUGCUGAGCCUCAGGGCUCACGCCUUCUCCGUGGAGGCGCUCAUCGGCGCCGAGAAGCAGCAACAGCUUCAGAAGAAGCGGCGAAGGCUGGUCGCGGGAGAAGCCGGGACGGCCCCGGAGAGCGACGGAGGCUGCAGCGAGCGGGGGUCGGGCGCUGGCGAGAAAAGGUCUUCCGAGGGAGACAGAGUUUCAGCGCUCCCGACACCUCCGGGGGCGGCGGCAUCCCGGCCCACCCGCGGCGGAGCCAGUUCGGAACCCGGUUGCACUUCGGGAGAAACCUCGGCAGGCUGCGAUGAAGGCUUCCAGCAGGGCACGUCCCAACUAGAGAGCCCUGGAGGCUCCCCGAAGGGCUCUCCGGCCGCUGCCCAAGCUAGGCCCGGAAGCCCGCUGUCCUCGCCACCGGCCCCGCGGGUGGAUCUGCAGGGAGCUGAGCUCUGGAAGCGAUUUCAUGAGAUUGGCACCGAGAUGAUCAUCACCAAGGCGGGCAGGCGCAUGUUUCCAGCAAUGAGAGUCAAGAUCUCAGGAUUAGAUCCUCAUCAGCAGUAUUACAUUGCCAUGGAUAUUGUGCCAGUGGACAAUAAAAGAUACAGGUAUGUGUACCACAGUUCUAAAUGGAUGGUGGCAGGAAAUGCUGACUCCCCAGUACCCCCUCGGGUGUACAUUCAUCCAGAUUCACCUGCCUCAGGGGAGACUUGGAUGAGGCAAGUGAUUAGCUUUGACAAGCUGAAGCUUACCAACAAUGAAUUGGAUGACCAAGGCCAUAUAAUUCUUCAUUCUAUGCACAAAUACCAACCCCAAGUUCAUGUCAUCAGUAAGAACUGUGGAGAUGAUCUUUCUCCCAUUAAGCCUGUUCCAUCUGGGGAUGGAGUGAAGGCAUUUUCCUUCCCAGAAACUGUGUUCACCACUGUUACUGCUUAUCAGAAUCAACAGAUCACUCGUCUAAAGAUAGAUAGGAAUCCAUUUGCCAAAGGCUUCAGAGAUUCUGGCCGAAACAGAAUGGGUUUGGAAGCCCUUGUGGAAUCAUAUGCAUUUUGGAGACCUUCACUGCGAACUCUCACCUUUGAAGAUAUCCCUGGAAUUCCCAAGCAAGGAAAUACAGGCACCUCUUCUUUACUCCAAGGUUCUGGAAAUGGUAUUCCUGCCACCCACCCUCACCUUUUGUCUGGCUCUCCUUGCUCCUCCCCUGCCUUCCACCUCGGACCCAAUACCACACCACUAUGCAGUCUGGCUCCAGCUGACUACUCUUCCUGUGCCCGCUCUGGCCUCGCCCUUAAUCGUUACAGCACCUCUUUGGCUGAGACAUACAAUAGACUCACCAGUCAGACCAAUGAGACCUUUGCCCCACCCAGGACUCCCUCCUAUGUGGGUGUGAGCAGCAGUGCCUCUGUGAACAUGUCAAUGGGCACCACUGAUGGGGACACCUUCAACUGCCCUCCGACCAGCUUGUCCAUGCAGAUUUCUGGGAUGUCACCCCAGCUCCAAUACAUUAUGCCUUCGCCCUCCAGCAAUGCCUUUGCCACUAAUCAGACACAUCAGAGUUCCUAUAACACUUUCAGGUUGCAUAGCCCCUGUGCCUUGUAUGGAUAUAACUUCUCCACAUCCCCUAAACUCGCUACCAGUCCUGAGAAAAUUGUUUCUUCCCAGGGAAGUUUCUUGGGGUCUUCACCAAGUGGAACCAUGACUGAUCGUCAGAUGUUGCCCCCUGUUGAAGGAGUGCACCUUCUUAGCAGUGGGGGUCAGCAGAGUUUCUUUGACUCUAGGACCCUAGGAAGUUUAACGCUGUCAUCAUCUCAAGUGUCUGCACAUAUGGUUUGAUGAAGCCUUUAAGUGAAAUCAUCUUUGAAUUAGUCUACUCUAUUUUUCCUUUGUUUUCUUUUUCUUUUAAAGUCAAUAUGUAAAGAAACUAUCAGUAUCUUGAAAAAA